AUGGCUUCAUCACUACCAAGCAGAGAAGGAAGUCGUCAGGAUGAUAGAGUUUCGCGAUGGACAAGAUGGAGAGCACAAUGCCAUAAUGUGUACCACCCAAGGCAAAGGCUUCAUUAUGGAGGUGGAAGCAGUAGUUCAUCAAGGAAUCAUCAACCCGAAUUAAAUCAAUAUAGAUGCAUCGAGAAAACCCAUAUGGAAGGCAGGAUUUUGCCUUCCCAGUGUACUUGCCCAAUUCAUGAAUCCAACAGGAUUUCUAAUUUGUCUUUGGUGAAUCCUCUUCCAGCACAGCCACCACUGCCGUCAGUUGUACAGUCAACUCCUCCUAUUCUACCACCGCGGCCACCACCACCGCCGCAACUAGUUGUACAGUUAAUUCCACCGUCACCAGGAACACAAGUUGUACAUUGGUUUGCCAUAAAACCCCCAAAUAUAAUGUGA